GUUUAUCUGCCCUCUGCUAUGUGUACUUCCACGGGAAUUACAAUCCACUAGUUUUGAAAACCUUUGACAAUUUAAAGAAGGAUUUGCUAAAUUGCUGUUGCUGAAAAGAGGUGCUGUAUGCUGAUCACAACCGCAAGCUCAGAUGGAUUGUGCAGAAAAGCAGAAGGGCUCUAUGCGGGUACUGGUGACUGGAGGCACAGGCCUGGUGGGCAGGGCAAUAGAGCGCGUCGUCAACGAGGAAGAAGGAAUUAAGGAGGCAGAGCAGUGGGUCUUCCUCUCCUCCAAGGAUGCCAACCUCACCGACUUCCAGGAGACGCUGGCUGUUUUCCAGAAACACAAGCCUACCCAUGUCAUCCACCUGGCUGCCAUGGUUGGUAGCCUCUACAAUCACAUGAGGGCCAACCUGGACUAUUGGAGGAACAAUCUCUACAUAAACGACAACGUACUGCAGGCAGCCCACGAGGUGGGUGUGGUCAAGGUGGUGUCCUGCCUCUCCAACUGCAUCUUCCCUGAUAAGACCACAUACCCCAUCGACGAAACCAUGAUCCAUAACGGGCCUCCUCAUCCGUCCGACUUGGGGUAUUCCUACGCAAAGAGAAUGAUCGAUGUCCACAACCGUGCGCAUGCAGAGAUGUAUGGGAGUCGCUACACGGCAGUUAUCCCAACGAAUGUGUUUGGUCCCCAUGACAACUUCAGCAUUGAGGAUGGACAUGUAUUGCCAGGCCUCAUACACAAGGCCUUUAUAGCACAACAGGAAGGGAGCCCGUUGACAGUUUGGGGCUCAGGCAGUCCCAGAAGGCAGUUCAUUUACUCCUUAGAUUUGGCCCGUCUUUUUCUGUGGGUUCUGAGAGAAUACAAAGAAGUGGACCCAAUCAUAUUAUCUGUUGAUGAGGAGGAUGAGCUGUCUAUCAAGGAAGUAGCCGAGUCUGUUGUCCAAGCCCUGGGGUUCAAGGGAGAAGUAGUUUUUGACACCAGUAAAUCAGACGGUCAGUUCAAAAAGACAGCCAGCAAUGCCAAGCUGCGACGCUACCUGCCCAACGUCAAGUUUACGCCCUUCAAUCAAGCUUUGAAGGAGACAUGUGACUGGUUUGUAGCCAAUUACGACACAGCUCGUAAGUGACGGUCAACGCUGCCAAGUUGGGUACUGUAAAAAGGCAGAACGUAUAAUAAUAUAUAAAUUAUUAUUUUUAGUCAAGUUUUCAAUACGGUUAAUGAUAUACAUGCCUUCACUGAGGUGGAUUUAUAUUACUGUACAUAUGUGGUUGAUUAUAUUACUGUACAUAUGUGGUGGCCAAGUUCUAAUGGUCAUACUGGAUGUUUUUCAGUUGUGGGAUGUGUUUUUUUUUGUAUCUAUGUUAUUAAAUUAUGGAGUGGGUAAAAAUAGACAUUUGUUUUAAAACUGGUGUAGGU